AUAUAUAGAAGAAAAAUUAUUACACGUAGUAAAAGGUUCAGAAAUCUUCGAUCCACAUAAUGUACAUUCUGAGACAUAAUUGUAGUGUAAUAAUUUAAUUGUUGUUGUGUUUAAUUAAACUAGAAAAAAAAUUGAAAUGAGUAUAGCUGAAACUUUUAAAAACGGGACAAUCCUCAUUACCGGUUGUACAGGGUUUUUAGGGAAAACACUCACAGAAAAAUUGCUAAGGUCAUGUGACGUGAAGAACAUUGCGAUUCUCAUUAGAGGUAAAAAUGGAUUAUCCGCCAGUCAAAGAGCUACGAAUAUUUUUAAAAACCCUAUAUUUGACCGCCUUAGAACUGAAAAACCCGACUUUGUGACGAAGAUCAAAAUAAUUGAUGGAAAUAUAGAAGAACGCUCAUUAGGAAUAUCAACAAACGAUCGUGAUUGGUUGAUAAAAAAUGUGAAUUUUGUUUUCCAUUGUGCUGCUACAAUCAAAUUUAAUGAAACUCUUCAGGUGGCAACAACAAUAAACAUUCAAGGAACAGAAAAUGUAUUAGCACUAGCAACGAACAUGAAUAACCUUAAGGGUUUUGUUUAUGUAUCAACAGCUUAUUCACACUGUCCUAGAAGUGAAAUUAAAGAAGAAUUCUAUCACGCUCCAAUAACAACUAAAGAAUUAAAACAAUUAAUUAAAGGAAAUGGAAAAAUCGAUAACAUUUUGGUAGAUUGGCCUAAUACAUACACUUUCACUAAGGCACUUACCGAAAAUAUGAUAUCACACAACGAAAACCAAUUACCAAUUUCUAUAUUUCGUCCUUCAAUUGUAGGUUGCACACGAUAUGAACCUGAACCAGGGUGGUUGGAUAAUAUGCAAGGAUUAGCUGCUAUAAUUACUUCACUCAUAGUUGGAUUUUUAAGAUUAAUACCAAUGUCCGUGAAUAAAAAAGUAGAUAUCGUCCCAGUUGAUUACGCUGUCAAUGCAUUAAUUAGUGUAAUGUGGGAUACAGUAAAUAGAUACCAAAAUGGUAAAGAAAAAAACAUGAAACCAAAAAUUUAUAAUUACGUGUCUAGUUUUGACAGCACAUUACAUUGGCGAACGUUCAUAGUUUAUGUUUAUGAAACUUAUUAUCAAGUGCCUCCGUUACAAUCAAUGUGGUACAUAUGUUGUAUAUUUUCUCCAAAUCGUUGGAUCAUUAAUAUUACGAGAUUAUUUUUACACCGAAUACCUGCUGCAUUUGUAGAUUUGUCAUUAUCUAUUUGUGGCAAAAAUCCAAAAAUGUUGAAAUUAUAUGCAAAAAGUGAAAAAAUGACGGAUACGGUUGAAGUGUUUACAACGAGAGAAUGGAAAUUUGAUAAUAGUAAUACCCGAGAAUUAUGGACAUUACUAAGUCAAGAGGAUCACAAGACAUUUUGGUUCAGUUUCGAAGAAUUUGAUUGGAAGCUCUAUCUACAAAAUUUAGUUUACGGGAUUAGGAAGCAUCUUCUACACGAAGACUUAAAUAACAUAACAGAAGCAUUAUCAAGGCAUCGAAAAUUAUAUUGGUUGCAUCAGUUGUGCAUAUGUUUUAUUAUUUACAUUGUAUUUCGAGUAUGUUGGAUAUUUGUGGUUCUACUAAUGUAGACCUAACAAUAGUACGCUUAAUAACUUCCCUUGUGGUGAUUAUUGUUUUAAUUAUUCUUAUAUUUUUUUUAGUAUAAAAUUGUUUACAAAUUUUUCUAUCGCAGUUCAGUCAGUUGUUUCGUUAUCCAAACAAUUAUUUUUACAACAUUUAAAUUUAAAUUAUUUUUUCACAUAUACAUUUUCUUAAUACUACUUCAUAUUACUUUUUGGACGCAGUCAACAACGUUUUGGUUUAAAUAAUUAUCCUAAUUUUUCAAUUCAAAACAGCA